AGCCUGUGCAACAAUUGAUAUUCUGUACUGUAUAUAUUCACUUGGUCAUGAUGAUUGGCCACUGUCCAGAACCCUCCCUCCUGGAUAGGUAAGUACCUACUGAACAUUGCUAAACGCGGGACCAGAGGCUGUAUGAACCUGGACUGAAAGAAAAGAAAAAAAAUCAUGUGUAUCAAUCCGGUGGGAGAUGUAAAUAAUUCGCUAUUUUGGCCUUUGCAUUUUCUGGAGCCGUGCACUAGCUCAGGCUUCCGUGGCCGUCGUCAACAUAUCUACAAUACGCUCAAAGGCUAUCAUCCUACGUAGUAUCCGUAGAGUCUUGGUCUGAUAUGGCGGGCGGAGUAGUGUUCAAAGGUCGAAUUGGGAUGCCUUACCUAAGCGGCUGGUGCAUCCGAGUCCUUGACAGCGCCGCUGCCGCUGAAAGGGGGGGUCCUGGACAUGCUCAGUAUCAGAAAAUCGGAGCCGGGAUAGCCUCAAUUGCGCUCUGCGAAUGCGUGGUAGUUGUGGAUGCAGCCUAAUAUGCCCGACGCUGGCCGUCCCUCCACGUCACAUGAACUCUGUCGACAUGGAAUACCGUCUGGCCUGGUGUCUGCGAAAGGCCCAGCAUGGGCUGGAGUGGGAUGGCAUCCGUGAUCAAGGUAUGCCCUGGGAGGAGCGAAGAGCACAACACAUCGCUGACGGAUCGAUGCCUUGGCCAAUCCCUCUUUCCCAGACUGAUCGUACCGAAAGUCCUGCGCGUCCCACUAUUAGAGCCUCCACAGAGAAGAAGCCCUCUCUCGAUGACAACUUUGAAGUGGGCGCAUCGCGUCGUGAAAUUGCCUUACCUAAGCCACCCUCUUCAAUGCACUCCCGAUCGCAUCGCGGCGCCAGGGCUUAUAUAAACCACUGA